GAUAGUCGGUCGAUCGAAUGUUUUUCUAAUAUCCUAAUUAGAAAAUGAUUAAUUCAGUGAGUAAAUAAAACAAAAUGAUGGACGAAAACGAAUUCUUUAGGGAGACAGUCCAACAUUUGGCGAGAUGUCUGUCCUGUAUAAAUCCUACACCAUGGGAGAAGGUGAAUACAUUAUUCAUGCUGUGCCCGCAAGUAAGUUCAUCGUUUGUUGUGACACCACGCAAUCAAGAAGCCAGCAUAGCUUUAGGGCUAUACUUCCUACAAAGUGGCCUUCAGCAUCAAGACAAGUUACUACCAUACUUCCUGAAGGUACUCAAGUGUCUAACGAAUGCACAAUUCGAAGAACCAAUGUGUAGGAUCAAGAAUGGAGAUCGUAUACCGAUGUCAGAAAAAUUUAGCUUCUGUUUAAAUACAUUACUGUCAGACGUUGCGACAAAGCAGUCAGCAUUGCGUGAAGAAAUCGUGACAGCGCAAAUCGAACUUAUGUCAAACCUCACAAAGUCCAUAAUCAAUUGUCACGAAAGCAGUGAUUAUAACAAAAUAUCGAAACUCCAACUCUGUAAGAGCACUCUACCGAUAUUAAUAGGACUGGCCAGAUCUAUGGGGCGUUAUGCAACGAUAGAACCUCCUCUAUUGUGCCGGUUGUUCCCGCAGCCGAGCAGUCCUGUAAAAUCAAAAGAACCCGAGCCGAGCUUCGAAUAUUCCACUCUGGAUAAGAAGAGAAAGUUUAACCAGUUCCGCCCAAUAAUUCCAAGGUCUUUAUCAGGCAACCUCAAUCCUAAUAUAGAAAAUAUAGUAGAAAAUGGUAGUGACACAGUAGACAGUGCGAAUGGAACAUUAAAGCGGGGGUCCUUACACAGUUACAGCUCCGUCCCAUACGACCCGACUACAUAUUUCUUCCACAAAUUUGGGUCGAGUUUCAACCAGUUUCCGUAUAUGAGGUAUUCUGAGUCGCCAGAGAAACGAAUCAGUGUACAGUUCUACGUGACGUAUCUCCAAUCGAUAUUAUCGCUAGCAAAGAAGCUACUAACCAAAGAUUUGUUGUCAUUUUUGGAUGAAGAGGCUGAGGAUGUAUUUGCUUCCGGUCAAAUACAGGUUUUCCCGUAUAAAUCAUUUUCAGAAACCCUGAAUUUGGUACUGGUGACAUUGUUGCGAGAUAUACUGCAACACCAAAAGGAUUUACCUGGACCUUUUACCAAAGAUGUACAAGAAUUCGUUAAAUGCCUGUUUUUGAGUGGUCAAACCGAACUACAAAGCCGACAUCACGACGCAUCAGAGAAAGAAGAUAGAGAAAGUAACUUCGCGACUGUGAACAAGUUCAAAGUGAACGUUAUGGCGAACUCCGCGUGUGUCGACUUGCUCGUUUGGGCUAUCGGUGAUGAAACAGUGGAUGAGGACUAUGACGUGCCAGCACUAAUAAAUGCUCUAACAAUAUCAAUAGGCGCUGAUUCAUUAUGUGGACGAUUGACGGAGAAAAUAAAUUCUAAUCACAAUCACAAACUGAUUCUGGCUCAUAUGCCAUUGCUAAUGGUCUGUCUUGAAGGUCUCGGUAAAUUAGCGACGAAGUUUCCGACGAUAGCAAAUACGUCGAUAUACUGUUUGCGAGAUUUCUUAGUUACACCCUCGCCGAUACUGUUUAAACUACAUAAACUUGAACUCGAAAAAACUGGGAAAGAACACAUCAAAAACUCAGUGCAAAACAAAGAAAACCAAACGGAAACCGGGGCGCCCGUGAAGUCGACUCCAUUCGAGAAACUUCGAGACUCGGCGAUUGGGAACUUAUGUGUGGCUCUCGAAGCUGCGUUGACAGUCGAUCCGGUCUGUGUACCGUCUCUGGUCGGAUCUGUCAGCAACAGACUAUUCACUGCUGAGACUAGCGAUAGCGAGUCUUCAUUAAUAAGUACGAACAUCGUUAUAAUGUUGGGUCACGUCGCAGUGGCUCUGAAGGAUACUCCGAAAACAACGGACACCAUACUUCAAUUUUUUCAACAGAGGUUAUGUCGUUCCCCAUCAUCGCUGGACACGCUGAUAGUGGAUCAGCUCGGCUGCAUGGCGCUCGCCAGCCCCGAGGGUCCAGCUCACGACGAGAUCAUGAGGAUGUUCACCGUCAUCACCGUGGAAGCAGCCAGCGCCGCCUACCAGCACACUGACGAUAGAAAACAGUAUCGUCACGUGUCCGGCGCCGUGCUGAACGCGCUCGCGAACAUAGCUGCGAACGUUCGCGGUACGGGAGCCCGCCUCGAACUCCUCACGCGUUUGCUGGAACUGUUCGUGCAACUGGGCCUCGGCGGGGAGAGGGCGACGGACCGGUCGCCGGCGCCCGUCCUGAAGGCGUCCGGCAGCGCAGGGAACUUGGGUGUGCUUAUACCUGUAAUUGCGGUACUUGUAAAAAGAUUACCUCCAAUAAAAAACCCAAAGCCGAGAUUGCACAAGCUCUUCAAGGACUUCUGGCUCUACUGCGUCGUGAUGGGAUUCACAGCAGCUGAAUCAGCCAUGCGAAAGCGACUGUGGCCCCAAGAAUGGUACGCAGGUGUGAAAGAGAUAGCCGUAAAAUCUCCCUACCUUGUCUCGCAAACGUCACUGCGUUCUGAAAUGCGAGAAUUACAAUACACGUCAGCCGUGCGAAACGAUUCCGUUUCGAUAAACGAAUUGCAGGAACUGAAGACACAGAUAUUGAACUUGCUUGAUCAUCCGCCUGACGUCACUGUUAUUGUAAAUAAGCUGACAUUCGCGCCUUGUAUGUAUCUAUUGAGUGUUUAUUGGCUGGAGACUUUAAGAGUAUUAAACUCACCGGAACCCAGUUUGCAGCCGAUCAUCGAAUACUUGAGCGAUACAGCUCUGCAAAAAGAUAAGAGUGGUAUGUGGCAGUGUGUCGCCAGCGUCGGCGACAAAGUGUUCCAGAAAUUUCUCGAUGUUAUGUCGGAGAAGAUAAAGGAUGAGUCCCGCGAGAGGGAACUCGAGGGCCACGCUCAGUUCCUAUUGGUCAAUUUCAACCACAUACACAAACAAAUAAGACGGGUUGCAGAUAAAUGGCUAGCAGGCCUGGUUGAUAGAUUCCCACAUCUGCUGUGGAACUGUCGGGUACUCUGGUCGAUGUUGGACAUUCUUCAAGUUCUAAGCUUCAGUCUAGAAUUAGACCCGAAUCAAGAAACGCCGUUACUAAAAGUUCCCGGAACUGAUUUCACUCUACAACUACAGGAUACAUUAGAGGGUCGUGAGGGCAUCGUUAAGGAUUUCGCUGAUCGCUGUCACGGCAUCGUCCAAGAGGCCAUGAAGUGGGCGCCGCAGUCCACCAGGUCACAUUUGCAGGAAUAUCUUAAUCAGGUACCAAAUUCGACACUAUGGCACCACUGCGGGCUGGCCCUCGCAACGGGGGCCCUGCUGGGAGCGGCCGGCCUCAACCGCAUGUCGGCCCCCCUGUCGCGCUCCGCCCUGGAGAAGAGGCCCCCCUGCGUCACGCAGGACUCCGCCGCACUGCUGGCCGUCGUCUCGCAGAGGAGUCGAUUUUCCGGAGAGGUGGCGGGCGCGGUGCACGCGGAGGGCGGCGGCGACGCGGCGCUGUGGCGCGUGGGCGCGCGGCUGCUGGCGGCGCUGCGCGCGGCGGGCGCGGGCGGCGGCGAGGCGGCGCACCGCGCGGCGCUGUGGCGCUGCACGGCGCUGCUGGUGCACGCGCGCGCCGCGCCCGCCGCGCCCGCCGCGCCCGCCGCCGCCUCGCCCACGGCGCGCGCGCUGCUGCACGCCAUCGCUUGGUCCCAAGUGGACAUAUUCACGGAGGACGCGGUCACCACCGCAGUGGAGUGCUGGCAAUGGCUCAACACCUCUCGUCCGGAUCUGGAACUGCGCCUCCUGCAGGAGAUAUUCGCCGCCUGGCAGUGCACUGUCGACAGGAAGAUGGGGCUGUUCUCUAAACAGACAGAUGAAAUUAGUCCCUUAGCAGCAUAUGAAGGUGCCAAAUUAGAACCUCGACCACCAUUCGUCGCCCCGCACGCGGUGUGGAUACGAUACUUAUGCGAGGUGGCCGAAACUGCAAAGUAUAAUAGUCUGGAGAAAGUCGAGAUGUUAGCUAGUCUGCUUCACAGGUCAUUGCCGAUAACAGUGGGGGAUAUACGCGACCACAUAAACAGGCACGUUGAAGCGGCCGGUGUGAGAUUCAGGCUGCUGUCGUGCGGGCUGUCGCUGCUGCAGGGCGACUCGCUGCCGCGCUCGCUGGCGCGCAACGUGCUGCGCGAGCGCGUGUACAGCGCGUGCCUGGACUACUUCUGCCGCGGCCCGCAGUGCCCCGCCAAGAGCGCCGGCGCGCUGCGGGAGGACAUCAUCUCCCUCAUCAAGUUCUGGCAGCUCAUGCACUCGGACAAGAAGUACUUGAAGAGUAGCGAUAUCGGCGCUGACUUCGAGUUAAUGAAUCCUAGCAGUAGACAAAGUUUGUACACGACGAAUUCACCGAUGGACCAUCGAUCAUCUGUUAAUAGCAGUGACAUUGGAAGCAGACAGACCACUGGAUGGAUAAAUACGGUGCCGAUGUCGACGACGACGCUGAGCAGCGGCGCGGGCAGCGUGGGCGGCAAGCGCUCCAACCGCAGCGUCAAGCCGCCCGCCAAGUCGCCCGACCCCUUCGUCAAGGACUACGUGCGCAAGCGGAACCUCAUCCUCGAGCUCAUGGCAGUAGAAAUAGAGUUUCUCGUGACGUGGCACAACCCCCACGGGCGACCCGAGCAGGCGGUGCCGGGGGAGGACAACAUCGCCACCUGGAGGUCCAAACCCAACUCCGAGAGGAUAUGGCGAGAAUACACCAAACUGGCCUGGGAUAUUAGUCCAACGCUGGCGGUGUUUUUACCGGAAAGGCUAAAGAACGAGGGCAUAGUGGCCGAAAUCAAACGCAAGGUGCAGUUGCAUCCGACUGCGGUGUGUCACGUGCCUCAGGCGCUGAAGUAUCUCGUCACCACGGAGACCUUACUGAACGACGCGCACGAGCUGGUGCACAUGGUGACGUGGGCGCGCGUGUCGCCGGUGGAGGCGCUGUCGUACUUCAGCCGCCAGUACCCGCCGCACCCGCUGUCGGCGCAGGCGGCCGUGGCCACGCUCACGUCGUACCCGUCGUCCGCCGUGCUGCUGUACAUCCCGCAGCUCGUGCAGGCGCUGCGGCACGACACCAUGGGCUAUGUGGCUGAAUUAAUAAAAUCCCUCGCGAAGAAGUCCCAAGUGGUCGCACACCAGCUCAUCUGGAAUAUGCACACCAACAUGUAUACGGACGAAGAGAUGCAUAAUAAGGAUACGGCCUUAUACGAUAUACUAGAAAAUUUAACGAAGUGCAUCGUCGACACGCUCUCCGGUCCCGCGAAGGCGUUCUACGAGAGGGAGUUCGAUUUCUUCAGUCAGAUAACGAACAUUAGCGGUAUCAUACGACCGUAUCCCAAGGGGGCUGAAAGGAAACGGGCGUGCUUGGAAGCGCUGAAGAAUGUUAAGGUGCAACCAGGCUGCUACCUACCAUCCAAUCCAGACUCUAUGGUCAUAGAUAUAGAUUACAAAAGCGGAACGCCGAUGCAGAGUGCGGCCAAAGCGCCGUACUUGGCGCGCUUCCGGGUGAGGAAGUACGGGAUCUCCGAGAUGGAGACCGUCGCCAUGGCCAUCGCGUCCGGCGAGGAGCUGCCAGCGGAGGAAGGCAAGGACCGCUACACGUCGAUCGCGGCGGAGACGUGGCAGGCGGCCAUCUUCAAGGUGGGCGACGACGUGCGCCAGGACAUGUUGGCGCUGCAAGUGAUCACGCUCUUCAAGAACAUAUUCCAGCAAGUGGGGCUCGACCUCUACCUGUUCCCGUAUAAAGUGGUCGCCACUGCGCCGGGGUGCGGUGUAAUAGAGUGCGUGCCGAACGCCAAGUCCCGCGACCAGCUGGGCAGGCAGACGGACAUCGGCAUGUACGAGUAUUUCAUUAAGAAGUACGGGGAUGAGACUACGAGGGAAUUUCAGGCGGCGAGGAGGUGUUUCGUUACAUCAAUGGCUGCGUACAGCGUUAUAGGAUUCCUCUUGCAGAUCAAAGAUCGGCACAACGGUAACAUCAUGCUGGACACAGACGGACAUAUCAUUCAUAUAGAUUUCGGUUUUAUGUUCGAAUCGUCGCCGGGUGGUAAUCUCGGCUUCGAACCGGAUAUCAAGUUGACGGACGAGAUGGUGAUGGUGAUGGGUGGUAAGAUGGAGGCACCGCCGUUCAAGUGGUUCUGUGAGCUUUGCGUGCAAGCCUUCUUGGCUGUCAGGCCGUAUCAAGAAGCGAUAAUAUCGAUAGUAUCGCUCAUGCUGGACACGGGCCUGCCGUGCUUCCGCGGACAGACGAUCCGGCAGCUCCGGUCCCGGUUCGCGCCGAACUCCACCGAGAAGGAGGCGGCCGCCUUCAUGCUCGCCGUCAUACGGAACUCUUUCCUAAACUUCAGAACUCGCACCUACGACAUGAUACAGUAUUAUCAAAAUCAAAUACCGUAUUAAAUAUCAUCGAUAUUGCAAGGAUUUAGCAAACUGUACCCCCCUCCCCCUUUAAAUCCCCCUUGGGAAUACCGUACGAUGGGUUUGAGGUUCACCUAUAUUUUUAGUUAUGUAUAAAUCAACGAAAGGAAUUCAGGCGUUAAGGUUAUGCGUAUUCUUUAAUGAAGAAUGAAAUACGUACGGUUAGCAAAUAUAACAAUUAAUUUUAAUUUUUUUUUCCUAUUACUCUGUAAAUGUCUUCCUUUAUGUUUCGUUUCAUUCGUUAUUUUUAUUAUUCAUUACUUUAAGGCGAAUCCCGUUUUGGUUUUUUCAAAUUCAGAUAUAAAUGUUUCUGUAAACGAUGUCUUAAUACAAAGAAUCGCGAACAUUGCAGGCGAUUACUAAUGAUUUCUCACGUACUGUCUUUAAAGUCUACCUGUGUCUUGACAAGUACAUAAAUUUAAGUUCACGCAAAAUGUUUAUAGAUGUUUAAUAUUUUUUUCGAAAUUUUCGUAUUAUUUAAAUAUCGAAUGAAAUAUAAUAUGGCUUGCCAGUUAAAAAAAAAUAAGAUUAAUAUAUAUAACUCACUCUACACUACAAAAUAUAACACAAUAAUACAGAUGCAUUUAGUUUUACGGUACCUUCCCAGCUGGAAUUAAGGGUUUCUUAGUUUCAUGACCGUAUGAAAUAAAUCGUUUUACGAUAAAUGUAUACUUUGUUCUGGAUAUAAAAUUUAUAAUCAUUAUUUUUUUAUUGUAAAUUAAAGAAAAUAUUUAAACCAGAAAUAAGUGUUAACACACACGGUCUAAAACUGCAUGCCAGCACCAAAAUUUAAAACAGUUUUAAUUCGGUUCACAUAACUGCAUCGAAACUGCAAAUAGAUCUAAUGCUGGUCAGUAUAUCUGCCUUUACAAUGAACUAGCGAAACUGUAAUCUGAGGAAAAAUUGUGAAUCAACUAAAGAAUUAUUAACAUUAAGGCCGUAAAUAUGUACAAAAAAAUAUAUACAAAUCGUGACCGCGUGGAAUGUUGGCAAGAAUGCUUGCAGAAUUUCCCCUUCGAAACGCAAUUGAGAUCCUCUAGACAUAAAAUGAUUUGUGAAUGCAGCAAUUAAAUUUUUGAGGUUUAUUGUGCAAUCUCCAAAUUUUUACCGUAUUUAUGUGUUAUAAAUUUCAAUUAAAAAUUAAAACACAUAAUCAAUGAAAAUAAUCAAACAAUAUCCAAAAUAAAUGGUGCAGUAAUUUAUGAUAAUCGAUAAUUUAUUAUAUCUAAAGCAAUUUAACUACAAAUAAUAUAUCAGCUUGUUUUAUCUAAAGAUAUAGUAAUAUCAUACUAUAUAGAUUGAUAAAUAUUAAAAAAAAAUAAUGUUUUUUAGUACAUUUUUAUCCAUAGACUUAUUUUUAAUAUCAGAAUGUGACAAUUUAAAGUGUCGGCUCUUUAAAAGAUUUUGGCAUAUAAUAAUUUACACGUAAUUAUUUGCACAUAUUUAAUAAUUACUUUAUAAAUAUAACAAAUUUACGAGUAAAAAAUGUUACGAGUUAUAUAAUUUAAGAAUAAUACUAUUUAGAUAGAACUGUGUCCUAUUAGAUUUCUUUUAGAUUAUAUUAACAGAAAUAAAAGCCAAAAUGACAUUGAAAAAAAUAUAUCAUACCCUAUAUAUGUCAGUCACAUAAAAUGUUAUUGUAUCAAAUCAGACGUAAUAUAUAAAUAGAAUUUUUAUUAAAUCCGUACUUCAUGAAAAAGUUGCGUUCACACAAUAUAGCUCAAACAUGGUGAAAAAUAUGUGUAAUGUAAACGCGCCUUUAUUAAAAAUAAAUAUAUAUUUUUAUUCCAGAAAUAAAAUGAUAUUUUCAUGUACGUAAUACUAAUAUGUUAUUUAUUAUAAUGUUUAAAUAAAUGUGUGAUUAUUUCGAUUAAUAGUGCAAAUUUGUUAUUUUUUGUCCAUUCAAGUUGUUGAUCAUGUCAAUAUUCUAUUAAAUUUAUUAUUAAUAUACGCUUUGAAUUAUAUCAUUAAAUAUAAGAUUAAAUGAAAAAAAAACUUCGAAGAAUUCUAUACAAAUAGUAUAAAAUGUUUAGAGUGCUGAAUUUUAUGCUGUAAUAAAAAAUAUCUCGGCAAUAAGAUUACAAGUCAUGGUUAAAAUUAAAAGGACUUUGAAUAUAAUAAUAAUAAUAUAUGAUUUAAAUGUAAAAUAAAACAGAAUGAUUUAGCAAGUAUUAUUUAUAUUGACAAAGCAAAUUAAUAUUCUAUAUUAUAAAUGGAAAAUUUGUUAUGAGACUGUUGGAUAAACGAUAUAAACACUUUUAAAAAAACCUGGUAGUAAUAAAUUAAUUUUGCAUGAAAAGAUAAUCUUAUUGCAUUUUUAAAUUUGAAGCUUGAAUCUUAUUGCCGUAACAAUAUAUAUAAUAAAUGUUUUGAACAUUCCUCUGAUAGUUACUUUGUUGUUGGAAUUAAAGUAUGUGGUAAAGGUAAA